AUGAACGUGCAGUAUGGACCAUCGUCAGCCACCGUAUCAGUCAGUAGUCCGUUGACUGUGACUGAGAACACAUCGCCCCCUACCGCAAUCACGUGUUCAAGCCCCGCCUGCAACCCUCUCUGCAACGCCAACUGGUUCAACGGCUCGACCAAAAUACUUAACACAACACUGUUUAGUACACCGAUUAGUCGAUACUUCGCGGGAUCGUACAUUUGUAAUGUUUCCAAUGCAGUUGGAUUUUGGACUACACAGCUUGAUGUCAUCGUCAACUAUGGACCAUCGUCAGCCACCGUAUCAGUCAGUAGUCCGUUGACUGUGACUGAGAACACAUCGCCCCCUACCGCAAUCACGUGUUCAAGCCCCGCCUGCAACCCUCUCUGCAACGCCAACUGGUUCAACGGCUCGACCAAAAUACUUAACACAACACUGUUUAGUACACCGAUUAGUCGAUACUUCGCGGGAUCGUACAUUUGUAAUGUUUCCAAUGCAGUUGGGUUUUGGACUACACAGCUUGAUGUCAUCGUCAACUAUGGACCAUCGUCAGCCACCGUAUCAGUCAGUAGUCCGUUGACUGUGACUGAGAACACAUCGCCCCCUACCGCAAUCACGUGUUCAAGCCCCGCCUGCAACCCUCUCUGCAACGCCAACUGGUUCAACGGCUCGACCAAAGUACUUAACACAACACUGUUUAGUACCCCGAUUAGUCGAUACUUCGCGGGAUCGUACAUUUGUAAUGUCUCCAAUGCAGUUGGCUUUCGGACUACACAGCUUGAUGUCAUCGUUAACUAUGGACCAUCGUCAGCCACCGUAUCAGUCAGUAGUCCGUUGACUGUGACUGAGAACACAUCGCCCCCUACCGCAAUCACGUGUUCAAGCCCCGCCUGCAACCCUCUCUGCAACGCCAACUGGUUCAACGGCUCGACCAAAGUACUUAACACAACACUGUUUAGUACCCCGAUUAGUCGAUACUUCGCGGGAUCGUACAUUUGUAAUGUUUCCAAUGCAGUUGGCUUUCGGACUACACAGCUUGAUGUCAUCGUUAACUAUGGACCAUCGUCAGCCACCGUAUCAGUCAGUAGUCCGUUGACUGUGACUGAGAACACAUCGCCCCCUACCGCAAUCACGUGUUCAAGCCCCGCCUGCAACCCUCUCUGCAACGCCAACUGGUUCAACGGCUCGUCCAAAGUACUUAACACAACACUGUUUAGUACCCCGAUUAGUCGAUACUUCGCGGGAUCGUACAUUUGUAAUGUUUCCAAUGCAGUUGGCUUUCGGACUACACAGCUUGAUGUCAUCGUUAACUAUGGGCCAUCGUCAGCCACCGUAUCAGUCAGUAGUCCGUUGACUGUGACUGAGAACACAUCGCCCCCUACCGCAAUCACGUGUUCAAGCCCCGCCUGCAACCCUCUCUGCAACGCCAACUGGUUCAACGGCUCGACCAAAGUACUUAACACAACACUGUUUAGUACACCGAUUAGUCGAUACUUCGCGGGAUCGUACAUUUGUAAUGUUUCCAAUGCAGUUGGCUUUCGGACUACACAGCUUGAUGUCAUCGUUAACUAUGGACCAUCGUCAGCCACCGUAUCAGUCAGUAGUCCGUUGACUGUGACUGAGAACACAUCGCCCCCUACCGCAAUCACGUGUUCAAGCCCCGCCUGCAACCCUCUCUGCAACGCCAACUGGUUCAACGGCUCGACCAAAGUACUUAACACAACACUGUUUAGUACCCCGAUUAGUCGAUACUUCGCGGGAUCGUACAUUUGUAAUGUUUCCAAUGCAGUUGGCUUUCGGACUACACAGCUUGAUGUCAUCGUUAACUAUGGGCCAUCGUCAGCCACCGUAUCAGUCAGUAGUCCGUUGACUGUGACUGAGAACACAUCGCCCCCUACCGCAAUCACGUGUUCAAGCCCCGCCUGCAACCCUCUCUGCAACGCCAACUGGUUCAACGGCUCGACCAAAGUACUUAACACAACACUGUUUAGUACACCGAUUAGUCGAUACUUCGCGGGAUCGUACAUUUGUAAUGUUUCCAAUGCAGUUGGCUUUCGGACUACACAGCUUGAUGUCAUCGUUAACUAUGGACCAUCGUCAGCCACCGUAUCAGUCAGUAGUCCGUUGACUGUGACUGAGAACACAUCGCCCCCUACCGCAAUCACGUGUUCAAGCCCCGCUUGCAACCCUCUCUGCAACGCCAACUGGUUCAACGGCUCGACCAAAGUACUUAACACAACACUGUUUAGUACACCGAUUAGUCGAUACUUCGCGGGAUCAUACAUUUGUAAUGUUUCCAAUGCAGUUGGAUUUCGGACUACACAGCUUGAUGUCAUCGUUAACUAUGGACCAUCGUAUGCCACCGUAUCAGUCAGUAGUCCGUUGACUGUGACUGAGAACACAUCGCCCCCUACCGCAAUCACGUGUUCAAGCCCCGCCUGCAACCCUCUCUGCAACGCCAACUGGUUCAACGGCUCGACCAAAAUACUUAACACAACACUGUUUAGUACACCGAUUAGUCGAUACUUCGCGGGAUCGUACAUUUGUAAUGUUUCCAAUGCAGUUGGAUUUUGGACUACACAGCUUGAUGUCAUCGUUAACUUCCCUCCAGAUGUCACCGUGAGUACCGCCAAUACUACAAGCUCAUCCCAGUCUACUUACCUGCACUGCAAGGCCUCAGGUAUUCCCAAGACCUUCACGUACCAGCAAACAUGGACACAUGAAUGGCCUGGAUAUGGACCAGUAAGGAACCUGACGGGGGAUGAACAUCUAACUAUAAAUGAGCUGUCAUAUGCACAUUCUGGCGUGUAUACUUGCUCAGCAAGCAAUGGUAUCAGUGUGUAUGGGACGGAUACACACUUCAUGAAGGGGUCCGGAUACCUACUUGUGAAAGACCGACCGGUGAUAACGUCGCCUGUUCUGGCUGCUGAGUCUACUUACAGGAUUGCAACUGAACUUGGAAAAAAUGCCUCUAUCAACCUUCAGGUGUUCUCUAAUGGAGGAUCAAUCAAAACCUCAGUGUACAAAGUAACAAAUGGUACCCGCACUGCAACUUUAGUGGGGACUGUUAACACGUCAUCAGCAAUGGUCCAGCUGCCUGUAUUCUUGCACGUGGUUCCUACACAAGGUGUCCUCAUUGAAAUCUCUCUAUCCAUGAAGCAUGAGAACGACUUUGGCUUUUACGAUGUUGUAUUGCUUAAUGAAGUUGAAGAAACACGUCUACGGAUUAAUAUUGAUGCUGAAGGUAAUUUAACUAAACUAAAACGGUAUAUACGCUGAUU